GCAGCCGCGGAGCAUGGCCGUCUUCGACACGCCGCAGGAGGCCUUCGGGGCCCUGCGGCCUGCCUGCGUCCAGCUGACCAAGGCCCAGACCCGCGAGAACGUGGCGCAGCUGCAGGCCCGCCUCGCGGCCGUCAGCGCCCCGGCCCUCCAGGAGCUGCAGGAGUACGUGCUCUUCCCGCUGCGCUUCGCCCUCAAGGUGCCUGGACCCAAGCAGGAGCGCCUGGUGCAGAGCGUGGUGCAGUGUAUCUCCUCUGUCCUUGCAGCAACUCGUGUGAAGAAGCAAGAGCUCCUGCAGGAGCUUUUCUCUGAGCUCUGUACGUGCCUCUCUCCCCCUUCUGGCUUGAACAAAACGUCCUUGCUGUCAGAGGAGUUAAAGCUGGCUGUAAUCCAAGCGCUGCACACUCUGAUGCAUUCGGCUUGUGGGGAUGUUAUCUUGUCUCUCUAUCAACCUUCCACCCUUCCUCUUCUAGGAUUUGCUGUAUCUUUGCUUCUGGGCCUAGCAGAACAAGAAAAAGCAAAGCAAAUUAAGAUCUCUGCUUUGAAGUGUUUACAGGUCCUAAUUCUGCAGUGUGACUGCCAGGAGCAUCAGCACCUAGAUGAAGAUGAGGCACAAAAAUGUGGGGAUUUGUUUGCUUCCUUUCUGCCUGGGAUCUCUAUUACACUGUCUCGGAUUAUUACUGGAGAUGUCAAACAAGGCCAUACAACCACUGUUUCUGCCAUCAAACUCUUCUCCCGGAUUGUUGGCUUAGUAAUGUCUGAUGAACAGCUAUCAAGAGUUCCAAAGAAUAAAGAGAAGCUGUCAGUGGAACAAAGCAGAAUAUCAGAACUCAUGAUCCAUAGAGGAUCUGACUGGAGUAAAAGUACUGCAGAAAAACUUACUCUCCUCGUGCAUAGGAUAGUUGAAUUUUCUUCAGUUCAUCCCCACUGGAAAGUGAGACUGGAGCUAGUAGAACUAGUAUAUCACUUAAUGAGGAAUUGCAAGAAGUCACUGGUGGACUCAUUCAGUCAUCUGUUAAAGGCCUUGGUUGGGCUGGUUAAUGAUGAAAACAGCGAAGUCCAAAACAGAUGUAAUGAGGUUCUGCAAAGCAUUGCAGAACAGAGGAUAGUAGCAGAAAACAGGGCUCUUGCUGAUGUUCUGUCAGAGAAUCUCCAUUCCCUUGCCACAGCUCUCCCUCGCCUGAUGAACUCUCAGGAUGACCAGGGCAAAUUUUCUACUUUGAGCUUAUUACUUGGCUAUUUGAAGCUUCUGGGCCCCAAAAUUAACAUUGUCCUCAACUCUGCAGCCCACCUCCACCGUCUCUCCAAAGCGCUGAUGCAAGUUCUGGAGCUGGAUGUGACAGAUGUGAAGAUUGUAGAAGACCGACGCUGGGGUUCUGAAAGCUCAUACGAACCUUCAGGCUGCCUGCAGAAGGGAAAGUGUCAGAAGAAGUACUUCCGCUUCUUCACAGAGGAGAAAGUUUUCCAGCUCCUUCAGCAAGUUUGUCGUGUUCUUGGCUACUAUGGGAACCUGUAUUUGCUUGUGGAUCAUUUCAUGGGGCUGUACACUGAGUCUGUCAUGUACCGAAAGCAGUCUGCUAUGGUCCUCAAUGAGCUGAUUGCAGGAGCUGCUGGAGUGGGAGUAGAUAUCCUUCACGAAAGGGAAGAUUCAGUGAACAUGGACAAUCUCAAAGGGAGCAUAACAUCCAUUCUUGAUGAAUACACAGACCAGGCAAAUUGGUAUUUGAUCACUAGUAUUGAUACAGAAGAAGUUGGCUCCGAGUUCUCUGUGCAGCAUUCAGGACUUCCUGCCAGUCCAGGAAGGGCACGCAGCAGUGUUCUCAUUCCAUCCUCAGACCCACACCUUUCUACCCGCACUAUGAAUGGCAACAUCUGGCAGAUUUGUAUCCAGCUGGAAGGGAUCGGCUCUUUUGCUGCUGUCCUAGGGAAAGAGUUUCGGUUGCUUCUGCUAUCAGCUCUUUACCCUGUGCUGGAAAAGGCUGGUGACAAGACUCUACUCAUUAGUGAGACAGCAAUGGGGACACUGGUAGACAUAUGUGAGGCCUGCAGUUAUGACUCUGUGCAGUGUUUGAUUAAUGAGAACUCUGACUAUCUCGUGAAUGGGAUUUCCUUGAAUUUGCGCCAGUUGGCACAUCAGCCACAUGCUUCCCGAGUCCUGGACACUAUGCUGAGGCAUUCAGAUGCCAGCUUGCUGCCACUGGUAGAAGAUGUCAUCCAAGAUGUCCUGUCUACACUUGAUCAGUCUUACGAUAACCAGGCUUCCACUUUCCUCAGGGUCCUCUACUCAUUAAUGGCAGCUUUAGUCCAGUGGUUUGGAACAUCCUGCAGCGAGGAACACCAACAAGGGCAGACUGCUGAGUGGCAGAGCAGAACUUUGUCCCAGAUGCAGCAGCAGCAGAUUGUGACAAGGCAAGAAGUGGAGCAGUUCUUCCUUGACUAUGUCAGACAGAAGCAGAUUGCAGAGGGCAAUCUCUCUGACACAGAUGAGGAGGAGGCAGAUGGAAUCCCCCCCAUUGCUAAGCCUAAGCCAGACAACUCUGACACAGAAGGAGAAACUCCACUGCCAAGCCACGCUCAGCUGGCCAAAGAUGUGAUGGAAAGGUGCAUCCACUUGCUAUCUGACAGGAACCUCCAAGUGCGGCUAAAGGUCCUGGAUGUACUGGAGCUCUGUGUAAUUGUCCUGCAUCCUCAUGGAAACCAUCUGCUUCCCAUGGCUCAUCGUGUCUGGCCAGCUCUCAUCACCCGGCUGAUUAGCGAUGACCCUCUGGCAGUGCUCAGAGCCUUCAAGGUGCUAUGUACCUUGGCUCAAAAGUGUGGAGACUUCCUGAGGCAAAGGUUUUCCAAAGAUAUCCUACCUAAGCUGGUCAGUUCCCUCCUCAGCCAAGCCCCAGCCAGUGCCAGAGCUGGGCCUGUGUACAACCACACGCUUGCCUUCAAGUUACAGCUGGCCGUGCUGCAGGGACUGGGUUCUCUGUGCGAGAAGUUAGACAUGGGCGAGAGUGACCUGAAUAAAGUGGCAGAUGCCUGCCUGAUCUACCUCAGCGCCAAACAACCCAUGAAAUUGCAAGAAGCUGCCCAGAGUGUUUUCCUCCACUUAAUGCACGUGGAACCUGACACCACCUGGCUCCUCCUCAAUGAGCUCUGCUGCCCUCACCUGUAUGAGCCUCCACAUACCAGCCUCCGUCCUGUGAAGCUAGGUGGGAUGGGAAGACAGCGGAAUGAAUUCACCGAUAACGUGCUCUUCCUGUUGGAGAUGUUACAGCAACAGGAGAGCAAAACACUGCAGACUGGCAAACAAGCAGCAUCUCCUCCUUGAUACACCCAUGCAGGAGCUAAGAGGGGAACGAGGAACUGCUGGGAUAGUGCUCACUUGGGAAAACCCCAUCAUUUAGUGCCUGAAUCAUUCCAGGGGAAAAAGGAAAGGCUGCCAGUGUGGGAUACUGGCUGAGACACCUCCCCAUGGGCAGAGAUUUUUAUACAAAGGAUGUUUGAGAAUGAGGUAAAUAAAUUACCCUGAUUUCUCUGCAUUUGUACUUCCCUGCACACAGUGCUGGAGGGAAAUCCAAGGGUCAUAUCAUCUAUUUCUUCGUUAUGAGAAGAAAGUCAUUUUCUGGCAGUAGCUUGUCUACAUUUGAUUGUGGAGUGAUGUCCCUUCAGUCCUGACUCCCUUCUGGGGAGUUAAUGUGGCUGCUGUCUGACCUCCUUGCAUUAUGAAUAGAGAAACUGUGAUACUCCCUCCUGUCCAUAGCUGGAAAAAUGAUCCGGCAACUUGAGCUGAAAGCUAUUUUCUGGCCUUUCCUCUUCUUAGGGACAGAAUUCUCUUUGGGGUAUGUAAGAAGUUUUUUUCUGAUAGCAGCUGACAUGAAAAACAAAAAAAGUUGCAUUUCCAAUAAAUUCCUCACCACUGCUGCUGACAAGAGCAACAGUAUCUGUUAUCCUCUUAGAAAUGUUGAGUCUGUUCCUUUAUAAUUUACUGUUUGGCAAGACCAGCUGGUGAGGCUAGACGAAUGGAUUGUGCUUUCUGGUUCUCCUACAGCUGAGCUGUAGCAGAUUCUUUAGAAGAAAUAGCCAACCUUGAUUUACAACUUGUAAAUGAUUUGAGAAUCUACCUCAUUCCCAGAUAACUUGUUCCCUGGUUAAUUGUACUUCUUGUUAAGAAUUUGCAUGUCUCCCAUGUGAAUUUGUCAGGCUUUAGUUUCCAGCUCAAACUCUUCUGCCUUUCUGCACCAGACUGAAGAGCAUCUACUGCAGUACCUCUCCUCCACAAGAUAUCUGAUACCAGUCAACUCACUUCUGGGUAAAACUAGAUAGAAAGGGCUUUUUUAAGUUGGUCUCUGUAAGGCCUGUUUUCCAGAUUGCUUGCCCUUCUUAAGCUUAUUUCUUAGACCUCUCAGAUUUUUAACACCAACACUUAAGAACUAGAUGAAGUACCUAUCUGUACCCCAGCAUAGCCUACCAAGUAUAUGUGUAGGUGUUCAGACAACGCAGACUGACAUGUGGUGUGAGUGUGUUGGUGCCAUGACUGCUUGAACGGGUAUAGUGCAAUGUGGUGAAUCAAGAGGAAGAUUACUGCUUUCCAGCCUGCUUCCUAUCUGCUCCUGCAACAGGAGACCUCACUCCAGAACCGAGGAACUGGCCUUACCGCUUAUCUGGAAGUUGUCAUGAAGCUCUUGAGUCCUCCAGACUGAUUCCUUGGAGACUGUCUACAGAUGCUGCUUUAUGUAGGUCAGCUGUUCUCAGACUGCUCUAUCUCCUGGAUUUGUUGGCUUCAUCCAGAAUGACUUCUGACACCAGGCUGCUUUACAAUAGAUACCUGUGCAAGUUUUAUGCUAGUAAGGUAAAAGGACAGAUUUCUUGAUUGUAAACUUGGAAGCAAGCUCAGAAAUAAGAAAAACAAGGCAAUAAAGUGUGAUUUUUAUAUGUAA